AUGGCGGACGACCCCAGUGCUGCCGACAGGAACGUGGAGAUCUGGAAGAUCAAGAAGCUCAUCAAGAGCUUGGAGGCGGCCCGCGGCAAUGGCACAAGCAUGAUAUCAUUGAUCAUUCCUCCCAAAGACCAGAUUUCACGAGUGGCAAAAAUGUUAGCAGAUGAGUUUGGAACUGCAUCUAACAUUAAGUCACGAGUAAACCGCCUUUCAGUCCUGGGAGCCAUUACAUCUGUACAACAAAGACUCAAACUUUAUAACAAAGUACCUCCAAAUGGCCUGGUUGUUUACUGUGGUACAAUUGUAACAGAAGAAGGAAAGGAAAAGAAAGUCAACAUUGACUUUGAACCUUUUAAACCAAUUAAUACGUCAUUGUAUUUGUGUGACAACAAAUUCCAUACAGAGGCUCUUACAGCACUACUUUCAGAUGACAGCAAGUUUGGCUUCAUUGUAAUAGAUGGUAGUGGUGCACUUUUUGGCACACUCCAAGGAAACACAAGAGAAGUCUUGCACAAGUUCACUGUGGAUCUCCCAAAGAAACAUGGUAGAGGAGGUCAAUCAGCCUUGCGUUUUGCUCGUUUAAGAAUGGAAAAGCGACAUAACUAUGUUCGGAAAGUAGCUGAGACUGCUGUACAGCUGUUUAUUUCUGGGGACAAAGUGAAUGUGGCUGGUCUUGUUUUAGCUGGAUCAGCGGACUUUAAAACUGAACUAAGUCAAUCUGAUAUGUUUGAUCAGAGGUUGCAAUCAAAAGUUUUAAAAUUAGUUGAUAUUUCCUAUGGUGGCGAAAAUGGAUUCAACCAAGCUAUUGAGUUAUCUACUGAAGUCCUUUCCAACGUGAAAUUCAUUCAAGAGAAGAAAUUAAUAGGACGAUACUUUGAUGAAAUCAGCCAGGACACGGGCAAGUACUGUUUUGGAGUUGAAGAUACACUAAAGGCUUUAGAAAUGGGAGCUGUAGAGAUUCUAAUAGUCUAUGAAAAUCUGGAUAUAAUGAGAUAUGUUCUUCAUUGCCAAGGCACAGAAGAAGAGAAAAUUCUCUAUCUAACUCCAGAACAAGAGAAGGAUAAAUCUCAUUUCACAGACAAAGAGACAGGACAAGAACAUGAGCUGAUUGAGAGUAUGCCCCUGCUGGAGUGGUUUGCUAACAAUUAUAAAAAAUUUGGAGCUACAUUGGAAAUUGUCACAGAUAAGUCACAAGAAGGAUCCCAGUUUGUGAAAGGAUUUGGUGGAAUUGGAGGUAUCUUGCGGUACCGAGUAGAUUUCCAGGGAAUGGAAUACCAAGGAGGAGAUGAUGAAUUUUUUGACCUUGAUGACUACUAGGUAGUCGACAUGGGUCCGGCAAAAUGUGCCUCACCCUCCAGCAUCCAACCCAAGGAGCAUACCCGUGGUGGAAUCCAAACAGAUCCCUGCCUUACAAUUGGAACAUUUCCAGAACUUAAUCCAUGAGCAUUGGAUAUUGAAAAGAAAACCGAAACAAAACGAGACCCAACCCUACACUUUGGUUUGUCAUGGUGUCAGCGCAGCAGCCUACAACUAAGUUCCUAAAAUCCCACUUUGGACUAAUUUAAAAAAGAAUCCCAGUUUUUACUUUUACUCGAUGGUGAAAUUGGUUGCUCUUGUAUUUUAUGAAAAAAAAAUGAUUUUUUUAACCUUCAUACAU